CACAGAUUGGUUUCCCGAGCUGACUGCAGCGUCCAUGCCCGUCAGCGUUCCCGAGUCCCCGGCCUCGGGAAUUGCAUGCAUCGGUAUCAUGACAACAAAACAAGGUGGAUCCAAAUACAUGCUUCGAGUUUCCAAGAUGGCCAAGUUGACCGAAGCGGUCGUCUUAUCUUACUCUUCUUGGGUAAAGGGUAUGGCCGAGCCUUGCGAAUUCGUCUAGAGCCCGGCCAUAUUGUGAAGCAGUCCGGGGUUUGGUUUUGUGAGAGUGUAUGCGCGGGCGAGUUCGUAAGUCUUCCCAUAUGAUAUGGGAAUGCUAUUAGCUUCCCGGUGGCAAAGCUUCGGAGUACUUCUCAUAAGCAAACUAGCCCGAGAAAAUCUGGUCAUACACCCCUAAUAAAGACUCGAGGACCAGAUGAUACCCUCGACCUCGACACCGCUUCAGUCCACAUUUCGGAGCCAGAGCGCCUGUUAGAGUGAUACCCAAAACCAUGCCUGACUCUGAACCCGUUAUCGUGGGCUUGUCCAAUACCACGAGCAGCGGAGAUGGCAGCCCGGUAGCAUACACCGAUUCAGAGAGCGGCGUCAUCGGCUUGGAGUCGAUGAAUGAUGAUCCGCCAUGCAUCGUGGGAAUGGCAUGUCGCCUUCCUGGAGAUGUUCGAUCGCCUUCACAACUCUGGGACUUGGUCAUCAACCAGAAGACGGGCCAAGGCCCAACACCCCCCGUCCGCUACAAUGUAGAUGGUUAUUACCAUCCAGAUGGCAAUCGCAGCGGUGGCAUAAACGUUCCUGGGGGCUACUUUAUCAAUGAGGACAUUCGACAAUUCGACAAUGGCUUCUUCGGCAUCAACAACCUCGAAGCCACGUACAUGGAUCCACAACAGCGCAAACUGCUCGAAGUUGUCUUUGAAUGUUUUGAGAGCGCUGGAGCAUCGAUGCAGAGCAUGUCGGGCUCCAACACAGGUGUGUACGUCGGCAACUUCUCAGUCGACUACCAGCCUAUGCAGACGCGUGAUUCCGACUACCUACACCGUUAUACAUCGACCGGCUCAGGAGCGACGAUCAUGUCGAAUCGAAUCAGCCAUGUUUUCAACCUACAUGGUCCCAGCUUCACACUGGAUACGGCCUGUUCGUCAUCCGUCUACGCUCUCCACCAGGCCCUGUCGGCCAUCAAGGUGGGGGACUGCGAGAGCGCGGUCGUAGCCAGUGCCAACCUGAUCAUGUCACCUGAAUUGCACAUCGGUGCCGCCAAGAGCGGUGUGCUUUCGCCCACGGGGACAUGCCACACAUUCGACGCCUCGGCUGAUGGAUAUGGCCGAGCUGAAGGGGUCAACGCUAUCUACGUGAAGCGACUGUCUGCUGCGCUCCGAGAUGGCAACCAGAUCCGGGCCAUUGUUCGGGGAAGUGCCGUCAACGCUAACGGCAGGACGCCUGGUAUUGCGCUGCCAAGCGGCAACCUCCAAGAGGCUGUGAUGCGCAAGGCUUACCAAAACGCUGGCCUGGAAUUCGCGGAGACGGACUAUGUUGAGUGCCAUGGUACUGGUACCCCGGUUGGGGAUCCCAUCGAGGUGGACGCUGUUGGCCGGUGCUUCUUCCGACCGCAAGAACAAGCACCACUUCUCAUCGGAUCGGUCAAAACAAACGUCGGACACAGUGAAGCAGCCAGCGGUCUCACAUCUGUCUUGAAGGUGGUAACAGCUUUCGAGAAGGGCCAGAUUCCACCAACGCAUGGCUUGGUAAAACUGAACCCCAAGCUCAUUCCGAUUCUGGAGCAGCGUAACCUCAAGGUCGUGACACAGGCUGACCAAUGGCCCCGAGCACUGCGACGCGCCUCGGUGAACUCGUUUGGUUAUGGAGGGGCGAAUGCGCACGUUAUCCUUGAGUCGACAGACAGCUAUCUGAGUCAGUACUUCCCUGGUAGACUGGUUGCGCAGAAGAGACAGAUCGAAAACAGCGACCAGGUAGUCGUCCUUCCUGUGAGCGCAGCAUCGUCCAAAUCGCUCGAGACACGCGUACAAGAUAUUUCCCAGGCUGUGUUGCAAUUAUCCGAUGCCGAGAAUCUCCAGAACUUGGCCUACACACUCACUAAUCGGAGAGACCACCUGCGACACAAGAGCUUCCUCCUCGCCAAAUAUGAGGGCAGCGGGAAGCUGCUGGAGGUCGUGGAAGACGCGAAUAAUAGCAGCGAUCGCGAAGGGCUACCUUUCGGUUUCGUCUUCACGGGUCAGGGUGCACAGUAUGCCGGCAUGGCCAAAGAGCUUCUAGCCCACAACCGACAAUUCCGGGACACCAUCCGCCGCCUCGACGACGUCCUGAAGGCACUGCCAGACCCCUACGCUCCCGACUGGACGCUGGAGCAGACCCUCUUGGACGGUCCAACUGAGAGCCGUAUCAACGAGGUCACUCGCAGCCAGCCUAUCUGUACGGCGUUGCAGGUUGGUCUUGUUGACUUGCUGCGCAGCUGGGGAGUUAGCCCGACAGCGGUCGUUGGCCAUUCAUCGGGUGAGAUCGCAGCUGCUUAUGCCGCCGGCCUCUUGAACUCGGCUCAGGCCAUCCUUGUUGCGUACUUCCGGGGCUACAGUGUCGGGAAAUUGCAGUCUCAAGGAACGAUGAUGGCCGCAGGUGUUAGCGCUCAAACAGCCAAGUCCCUCAUCGAGACCAAGGAGCUACAGGGAAAUGUCCGCGUCGCCUGUGUCAAUGCUCCCGAGAGUGUGACGCUGAGUGGUGCCUCCGACGGCAUUGAGGCGCUGAGAGCUGAGUUCCAGGACCAGAAGAAAUUUGCGCGCAAGCUGGAGACGGGUGGCCGUGCCUACCACUCUCACAUGAUGAAGGAGAUUGGUGCCUUGUACCAAGAUCUUCUCACACCAUUGUUCGCGGAUGCAAACUCGGAGACACCAGCAGCAGCCAGGAUGUAUUCCUCGGUAGGCCACAGCACCGACGAUCUCCGCGUCUUGGAGGGACGCACAGACUGGGCCGCGUACUGGCGCCAGAAUCUCGAGCAGCCUGUGCAGUUCAGCGGUGCGCUUGCUAGCUUGACCGAGAAGGAGGGUAGCAAGCUUCACCUGAUUGAAGUAGGCCCGCACUCGGCUCUCAAGGGACCCACCCAGCAGAUCCGGACAUCCAUCGGGCUUGACAAGAACUCCCUACCCUAUGCGCCGUCAUUGGUCCGGAAGGAAGACGCAGAUGAAUGUCUCAAGAAGCUCGCGGGUACACUCUUCGCCCACGGCCACGCACUCGACUGGAACAAGGUCAACGGCCUUCCAGAGUCGGGCCAUGAGCUCGUACCGCUGCACGACCUGGCUCCUUACCCAUGGGACUACUCAGCGCCACUGAACUGGGCCGAACCGCGGGCUAGUGUCGAGCUUCGCAACCGCAAGUAUCUGCGACAUGAGCUUCUGGGCACAUCCGCCCUCACAGGGAACGGUAUCGACUUCACAUGGCGCAACCUGAUUCGCCCUAACGAGAUGUCGUGGUUUUCUGACCACAAGCUCGAGACAUCGGUUGUCUUCCCCGCCGCCGGAUACCUCGCGGUCGCUAUUGAGGCCGUCUCACAGGUCACAGGCACACGGGGCAAAUUGGACGUGGCUUUUGAGUUCCGCAAUGUCAACAUUAGCGCUGCGCUUAUUGUGCCCCCUGACAACGACCCGGCGGCCAAGGACCUGGAGCUGCACACCACCAUGUCAUUGCGCAAACUGUCGACAGUGAACACAUCGGCUGACUGGCACGACUUUGCCGUGUCCUCGUGGGCUGCCGGCGAGACCACGAUCCACUGCGCAGGAAGCAUCCGCGUGGUAGAGCCACUGACCGAGUCCGCCAAGCAUGUGAUAACGACAACGGUCGAAAAUGACGACGGUUUCGAGGCAUCGCCAACGAACCGGUGGUAUCAGAAAUGGGACGAGGAGGGACUCUGCUUCGGUCCAUACUUCCAGUCGUUGACGAGCCUUCGCACUGACUCGGAACGGACCCGAAGCGAAGCCAUUGCGUCGUUACGACUGGCGCCUGAAAUUCCCUCGAAGACUUACAUUGAUUCCUACCCCGUCCACCCCAUCACUAUCGACGCAUGCUUCCAAGCGGCUAUUCUGGGAGGCACCGCAGGACACUUGCCGUCGCUUCGGGCGUGGAUGCCCGUGUUCAUCUCCGAAUGCAGGAUCCAGCCUUCUGCCCAGGCAGCGACGAGUCCCGAGCUCGAGGCCGUGAUCCACGCCCGGUCCGAGGAGGUGGGUGUAUCGAGUCGCAGAAUCGAUGCGACCCUGCGCAAUGACCGCGGCGUCCCUGUCGUUAAUUUGCGAGAUGCGCGCAUGUCGUUGUAUACGGGCAAGUCAUCGGCAGUGCAGUCAUCCUCUGACGGUAACAACGCCAACCCCAUUGACAAGUACAUGCAGCGCCAGCCCACGCUUCGGGUGCACUGGAAGCCCGAUGUCGCACGUCUGCACCCCGGCAUUGAGCGCCAGCUGCAAGACUACGUUGCUGCCUUUGUGGACCAGCAGCCGCUGGACAGUGACUUGCGAGACGACGAGAGCAUCGCCGUCAUCGCGGCCCUUGUGGAUCUCGCUGGCCACAGGCACCCGCGGAUGCGCGUGUUGGAGCUGGGCGGCGAUGACGUUGGGUACAAGGCCAAGCAAUGGCUGGGUAUCCUGAACAAGGAAACGGCUUUUGCGCGUUGCCAGUCGUGGCAGGCCGGUGUGCUCGACGGUAAUGGGGAGAUUGUGGUUGAAGGCGAUGGCGAGGACAUCAGUCCUUUUGAUGUUGUUGUGGUUCCCAGAAACUCAUCUUCGAAGCAAAUCUGGUCACAGGAUCCGGAAAGCAUUGCCUCGCUUGUCUCUGACAAUGGAAUUGUUGUUGCUCGGAAGUCCAAUGCCGCUGUCGACGUCCUGAAGGCUCUCAAGUUCAACGUCUUGCCUAUCGGGCAGAGCGUGAUUUUGGCCCUGCGCCCACCGCAGUUGACCUCCCUGCAAGGCCGAAACGCUCUGAUUGUGCUCGGCCGGAAUCCCUCGUCGACCGUGGCGGAGUUCGCUAACACGCUGGCAGCUUACCUGCGCGACCAAGCCGGUGUUUCUCUCGCAAGUAUCGUCCCGCUCGACCGGAUUGAUACCACUGACAUCUCAGAGCACGAUGUCGCCAUCUCGCUGCUGGAGACGGAGCGCGAGUUUCUUGCCACCAUCAGCCCCGAGGACAUGGACCGUCUCCGGGCCAUUACCGAUGUCGUCAGGGACCUGCUCUGGGUCACAGGUGCCAACAUGCUGGGCAGCGUCCCGGACCCUAAUUUGACUCUGUCGAAUGGUCUGUCGCGUGCCCUGAUGCUGGAGCAGCCGGCGCUGCGAUACACGGUUCUGGACAUCGGGCCAGUUUCGCUGUUGUCGUCUACUCCUAAUGCCGUUGGAACCUGUGAGAACGCCCUGAGAGCCCUAGUGAUCAACCAGGAGAAGGAUGACAGCGAGUUCAUCCAGCGCGACGGUAUCCUUCACAUCAGCCGUUUCGGCCCCGACCAGGAUGUCAACUCGCUUUUCCGCCGGCGACUGGAGCCCUUGGAAUCCUUGGAGAAGCAGACGCUCGCAACAGCCGGUAUCGCCCGUCUCUCAAUCGGAAGGCCCGGGGCGACAGAUAGCAUGUUUUUCCAGCAACUGUCUUCGACGACAGCAAAGACAACCCCGGAGGCAGGCUAUGUCGAUAUCGAAGUCAAGGCAGUGGGCCUCAACGCCAAGGACGUAUAUGCCAUUGCCGGCCGCGUGGAAACGCGCAAUUUCACCUCUGCAAUCGACUUCAGCGGUGUUGUCACGGCCAUUGGCGAGGGAGUUGAGCAUCUCAGCGUUGGUGACCGCGUCGUCGCCUGGGCGCCCAACCACUUCACCACGACGGAGCGGGUGCCAGCCGGCAGCGUGCACAGGUUGCUCGACCACGAGGAGCUUACAGUCAUGUCUACGCUUAUCACAGUGUAUGGCACCGCGCUGUAUGCCUUCAACCAGCUUGCACACCUACGUGCAGGCGAGUCCGUCCUGAUUCACGCGGGCUCUGGUGGUCUUGGAUUCGCAGCGAUCACCCUGGCCCAGAAGAGAGGCGCCAUAGUCUACACGACGGCCGGCUCCAAGAGAAAGUGCGAGUACCUAGUCAACGAGCUUGGCGUGCCGGCUGCGCACAUUUUCAACUCGCGCGAUACCUCUUUUGUCGAGGGCAUUCUGGAAGUCACUAACGGCCGGGGUGUCGACGUCGUGCUCAACUCGCUCACCGGCGACCUCUUGCACGCCAGCUGGGCGUGUCUGGCGACCUUUGGACGCUUUAUUGAGGUGGGCAAGCGGGAUUUGGUGGACGCCGGCAAGCUAGACAUGCGUAUUUUCCUGCGCAGCUGCACGUUUACUGCCUUUGACUUGUCCGAGUUCUUCUAUGCCCAGGAUCCUCAUAACCGCGCUGUUUGGGAUGGGUUGAUGGCUCAGGUUAUUGAGCUGUACCGCGCGGGGGAUAUCCAGACUCCGCCGGUCAAGGUGUUUGGGGUUAGCGAGAUUACUCAGGCAUACCGCACCUUUACUCAACAGGACCGUAUUGGCAAGAUUGUUAUUUCGCUGGAGAACCCUCAGGCUCGGAUUCCGGUCGUCCCCGCUAGCUACCUCUCCGUCUUCGACCCAGAAAAGGUUUACCUCCUCAUCGGUUGUCUGGGUGGUCUAGGCCGCAGUCUCAGUCGAUGGAUGAUGUCUCGAGGAGCUCGCCACUUCGUUUUCCUGGGACGUUCCGGCGCCGACAAGCCCAGCGCCCAACAGCUCGUCUCGCGUCUCCAAUCCGCCGGCGCCAACGUCGACGUCGUCCGUGGCGAUGUCUCCAGGGCCGCUGAUGUGACAGCCGCCGUGGCAGCCUCUCUCGCCACGGGCCGACAGAUUGGAGGUGUCGUCCAAGCAGCCAUGGGCCUGCACGAGGCGCUCUUUACCCGCAUGCCCAACAAGGCAUGGCACACGGGUAUCGACCCCAAGUGGCAAGGUACAUGGAACCUGCACAACGCGCUGCAGGGCCACGACAACGCUCUGGACUUCUUCCUGCUCACCUCCUCCGUCUCAGGCACCGUCGGCACAGCCACGGAGAGCAACUACUGCGCUGCCAACGGCUUCCUCGACGCAUUCGCCCGCUGGCGCCGCUCACAGGGUAAACCCGCCGUUGCAGUCGGACUGGGCAUGAUCUCUGAAGUCGGAUACCUCCACGAGAAUCCGGAGAUCGAAGCCCUCCUCCUCCGAAAAGGUAUUCAACCCCUCAACGAGGACGAAUUCCUACAAGUCCUAGACCUCGCUCUCCUCAGCGAAGCAGCCCACAACCCGGGACAAGCACACCUCCUCACCGGCCUAGAACCCGCCGGCGUCCGCCAACUCAAAGCCCGCGGCUUCGACGUCUCCAACCACGGCGUGUUGACAGAAGCCCGCGCCGCCCUCCUAGCCGCCUCCCUCGCAGCGGAGCAAGAAGUCCUCGACGCGCAAAACUCCACCUCCACCUCCGGCUCCAACACCAACACCCCCACCACCGCAGCACCAUGGUUCAAGGCGCUCCCCGGCACGGCAACAUCGACAUUCUCCCUCGAGGCAGACGCCGAGUCGCUGAACGCUGCUAUCCUGCGGUUGAUUAAGAAGCGGUUUUCGAAUUUGAUCCUUAUGCCGCUGGAGCAGAUUGAUGAGCGCAAGGCGCUGCCGCAGUUUGGUGUUGAUAGUAUGAUUGCGUCGGAGUUCCGGACGUGGUUUUAUACGGUGUUUAAGGUGGAUAUUCCGUUUUUGGACCUGAUGAGUGCGCAGAAGUCGUUGGAGGGACUGGCGGGGGUUGUCGAGGGGAAGUUGGUGGAGGGGUGGAAGUAGCAAUCAGGGAUCGGUUUUUCGUUUCAUUUGUUCUUUUUGUGUAAGUUUUUGAUUGUAUUUUUGGGGUUUGCGAGCUUUGGUUUGUUGUUGUUGUUUGGUAGACACACGAGCGUAGUAGAUUGAAUACACGACUUACUGGG